AAAUAGAUCACGUCAUGAUACCAAAUUAUCCCGUCGAUGGCAUGGAACAUUGGGGAAUCAUUAUUUACGAUGAGUCAAAAGUUGUCUACGAUGAAAGCAAAGAUCCCACAUUUCGGAGAAAGGAAGUGGCGUCGUUAGUAGCACAUGAAAUCACACAUCAGUGGUUCGGCAAUUUUAUCACCCCAUCUUGGUGGUCUGACCUGUGGUUAAAAGAGGGAUUUGCUUCGUAUUUCCAGGAGUAUUUCCUCGACAAGAUAUUUGAAGACUGGCGGUCAAUGGACCUUUUCGUUACUGGGACCAUACACCAUACUCUCCAUCUAGAUGUUGGCUUAAUGGAUUCUGUUACAUUGAACCUUGACGAUCACUUGUAUAACAUCUUUGGUGGUGAAGUUUAUAACAAAGCUCCAGCAAUAUUGCGCAUGUUACAUCAUGCAGUGGGCGACAAGGUAUUUCGAAAGGGUAUCAUCAAGCAUUUCGCUACAAAGCAAUAUAUGGCGGUCACUCCCGAUGAUUUGUGGAGCGAUAUACAAAGUGCUAAAAACGAAGCCUCUUGGGUCCCUUAUAUGCGAGAUCAAAAUUUCGGAAUAAAAAAAGUGAUGGACACGUGGAUAAACCAAGAUCGUUAUCCUGUUCUGAAUGUGACGAUAAAUUACGAAACUAAUGAAAUGGCAAUAACACAAAAAUGUUUUCACGAACUUAUACCUGCCGAUAAUAAAUGGUGGAUACCCGUAUCCUACACUAAGCAGAGCUUUCCAGAUUUUUCCAAUACUAUGCCCAAUAAAUGGUUAAAACCAGAUGAAACGCUUCGAGUGCAAAUUAAUACAAGAGGUUGGAUUAUCGUCAAUCUACAACAAACUGUAUACUGUCGUGUCUAUUACGAUACCACAAAUCUGGAAAGAAUCAUACGUUACUUAAAUUCUGAGGAAUACACGAAAAUACACGUUCUCAAUCGUGCUCAAAUUCUGGAUGAUGCGUUUGCCUUUGUGCUGGAGAACCAAUUAGAUGGCUCUGUGUUCAUGAAUCUUAUAAGUUACCUAGGACGAGAAAGAGAUUAUAUGCCAUGGCGUACAAUGUUCCGAAUAAUAACUCGGAAUGUGAGGCACUUUAUACUGCCAGAGAGUGGAAGUCUCAAGUCACACAUAUUAGGAAUCCUUGAUAAGCUUCUUCAGCAUGUGGGAUACGAAGAAAAUCCUGAUGAUCACGAUAUCACAAAAAUGCUAAGGCUAGAUGCCAUAUACUACGCAUGUACCAUCGGUCACGCGGAAUGCAAGAGAAGGGCCGCCAUUAAAUUAAGCGAACAUCUCGCGGAUCCUGAUACUCACAAAGUUCCACAAUGGCGGCAACAUUGGACGUACUGCUUUGGUUUAGCGGUAGCUAAUAGGACCACUUGGGAUAAAAUGAUGGAACUAUAUCAGCGAACAUCUGAUGCGAAACUUUUGAAAAACUUGAAUUGUGCUGAAAAUCCUGAUAUCAUUAACAACUAUUUGCAUAUUUUAGCAUCGAAUACAACAUUAUUUAGCAAUCUGUACCAUACAUUUACCUUCAAUUCAAUUCUUCAAAACCAUGCACGCAACGAUUUGGUCCUUGACUACAUAUUAGCAAAUUUUGAUAAUAUAAAACCAAGAUUAGUUUCUACAAGUAUAACAAUAAAAAAUAUCAUUUCGAAUGUUUUUUCUAACGGACAAAUAUCCAAGGUAGAUUUUAUAA